AUGGCCCCAUAUGAAGCCUUGUAUGGGAGGAAGUGUCGAUCACCGUUGUGUUGGUCUGAAGUUGGUGAGAAAGGAAUUCUUGGACCGGAGAUAAUUCAAGAAACCACGGAGAAGGUUAGGAUGAUCCGAGAUAAGAUGAAACAAGCUCAAGAUCGACAGAAGAGUUAUGCGGACAAACGAAGGAGACCGUUGGAGUUUGAUGUAGGAGAUCAUGUGUUCUUGAAGGUGACUCCAAGGUUAAGAUUGAAAGGACCAUUUAAGACACGCAAGCUUAGCCCGAGAUAUUUGCGGAAGUUUGUGCCGGAUUCAUUUCAUCCUAUCCUACCAGAUACAAUUGAAGUAGAACCAGAUCUUUCUUUCCAACCCCAACCUUGUCGUAUCUUGGAGUAUGCUAGCAAGUCGUUGAGAAGCAAAGAGAUACCUCUUGUGAAGGUGUUGUGGGAAGAGUCGCGUCCUGACGAAGCCACUUGGGAGCUCGAAUCAGAGAUGCGGGAGUUGUAUCCUCACCUGUUCUGGUAA